AUGACGUCACCUUCGCCAACCGCGACGUCCCCGACGCGGGUCGGAUAUCGCUUGGACCCUGUACGGACUCGAGUGGCGGAUGCUGAGAAGAGCUGCGUGCUCAAGAUGCUCAACAACACGACCAUGGACUCGGUGUACGAACUCCGGCGAAGACAGAUCCGGAAGACCGUCGGGUACUUGUACGCCCGGGUCGGGUCGCCCAUCAACGUGGGCGAGCAGGCGUUCUUGACGGCGUUCAACGUCGUGAUGAACAUGUUGUGGGGCGGGAUAGGAGAGGGAGACGAGAGGGCGGGUCUCGGAGCAGGGGGCGGAGUUUCAGGAAGUGGUGUCGGGUAUAACGAAGCUUAUUGGGAAGCCGAACGUUUCGAACUUUUAUCCGGGUUUGGGCCGGUUCAAUUUGCAAGGGAUAAGGAAGCGGGUGAAGAGGCUGGUCCGGAGGUUGGAUGA